GGGGGGCCAAGGCCUCCGGAGGGGACGAAGCAGGAGAAAUAGACGAGAAAAGAACAUCACACCGUGCGUUCUCUGUUAUUCUCCGAAGCGACUCCUGUUUCGCUUUGGCCUCGGACUUCCCAGCUUUAAAAGAGCGUUCCUUCCUGGACGAACAAAAACGCCGUUCCUUCGCGCUCUCCAGGAACAGCUCCCCCUCCAGGAGGAGGAUCGUGCAGCAGCUGUUUGAGUUGUCGAGACAGCCGCGCGCGUCUUGCCGCCGCAUUGCCUGCGUUUCUUUUUUUUCAGUGCAAACGGCGCCUCGUCCGGAGGAUAAAACAUCGGAUUUCUCUCCAUUCAGAAUUAAAAGACGAAAAACAAAGCGCGGACGGGGCCCCACUCCCAGAGAAACUUCCACCGCCCGUUAGCGAACUGAGAACCAGCCGCAGUUGAGGCGCUCCCCAACAAUGUACGCCAGCGCUCAAACGCACCGCGCGGUUGCUACCAUGUCUGCGUAUCUUCGCUUUUCCGCUGGACCUUAGCAGCAUACCCGUGUCUUCUUUUCUUCUCUCCACCUAAAAACCAUGGACGAACGAACAGAUGCUAUGAAUCAUCUUCACUCUUCUUCCUCUUCUUCUUCCUCUUUCUCUCUCCCGGGACCUCUUGUUCACGACGAGCGCGCUUGCUUGCUUGGAGCUGAAGAGGGGGGCGCGAACGCACCGGCAGGCGACGAAGGCUCUCCUCUUCGAGAAGACGGAAAAGGAUGGCAGCAAUCUCGACUCCGAGAGCUCUCUGUCGCUUCUCUUCCACCCGCAGACGUCAACAUGACGGCGCAGAGAGACGGAGAAAGAAGCCGGGAAGAAGAGAGAGAGGAACGAAAAGAGGACGCAGAAGUGAAGGGAGAAAGAGUGGAGACAGAGAAGGAGCUGGAAGAGAGAGGAGAAAAGGCCUCUGAAGAAGAGAAGGAGGAAGAGACACCCCGACAGGAGAAACAGACCCAGCUGCCAGCAGCGGGAGCUCUCGCGAAGAAAAGUGAAGACGAAAAGAGUGAAGUAGGAGAAGUCUUAGGAGACGGAGACAGAAGACAAGAGACGCAAAUGACAGCUGGAAACGGAGACCCGUUGUCGUCUGCCGCCAUCGACGAGUUUUCUCUCGACCAGAGCGAGACCGCUGCGGAGAACGACGACGGUCGCUCUCCGAACGGAGAAAAUGACGACAGGACUCGCGAGGACGGAAAGCGCCAGAGACCGCAGGGCGCAGGAGAAAGCGAACAAGGAGGAGAGAUGAAAAACGGAGAAACUCCCCUUAAUCGAUAUCACCGGAGUUUUGGGGACCCAUUUCCUUCUCCAAAGCGUCUUUGUUCCAACCAGGACGCUGCGUUGCACCUUCCAGAGGACGUCGACGGAUGCAGCAUGCGCUACAAUGGAAAGCAUGCCCUUUCACCGUCCUCCUUCGAAGCACAAAAAGAGGAUUUCUUCGCUUCUUCGCCCCCCCGUUUCCCCCCAGAGUCGGCGUCUUCGCAAACGCGUUUGUCUCGCUUGCCGCUCCUCUCUCAUUCAAGCGAACAGGACCAGGACCUUCCCUCGCCGCCUCUCUCACCAGUUGCCCGAUACGAAGAAGAAACGGGUGCUCGACUCGCCUCUGUUCGCCCAUCCUCGUCUUCGUCUUCUCCUUCUCCUUCUUCUCCUUCUUCUUCUGUUUCUGCUUCGUCUCUUUCUCCUGCUGAAGGAUCCACGUCCUUGUGCCCCCCGUCUUCCCCGUCUGCCAGCGCUGCGCCGGCCUCCCCAGCUCUUCCGGAGUUUCCUGAACGACGCGAAACGCAGCCGUUCGAGGCUUCGCUGAGAGACGACCUGCUGCCGUCGGUGGCGAACGCGGAGAACCGUCGCCUGCACGGGGAGAUGGUGGAGUUUCUCGAGAAGACGCGAGCGCUGAAUCUGCAGAUUGCGGAGCGAGAAGAGAGAACGAAGCUGAUGGAGAUCCAUCUUCGACAGCUGCUUGCAGAAGUGAAGACGCUCGCAGGCGUCGCGGACGCGAAGCGAGAAGCAGCCCAGACAGAGAGUCACGUUGCCGACCUCCACAGUCGGCACCUUGGGAAAGUCGCGAGCGAGAAGAAGAACGUCGAAAAUCAAAUCGCUGCUCAACAAGAACGGCUUCUCUCUGUGCAAGCGCAUCUCCUCGCGAGCAGCGAAAAAGUCGACAAAUUCAAGCUGCAAAUGAACUGGAAUGAAGAGGAACUCAAACAGUGGGUCGCGGCCGAGAAACGAAAACAGGACGACCGACUCGAAGUAGAGCGUCUGCAGCGCGCAGAUGAGCGCGAGGUGAAGCAGCUGAAAUUGCAGAUCGAGAAACUCAGCGUGGAGGUCCAACGAGAAAAACUGGAACUCUACCAAAAAGCCACAGACGCAAAAACUCUGAAACUCGAACUUCAGGCCGCCACAAAACAAUUUCGCUGCGUGCAAGAAGAUCGCCGUCAAGUCAUUGAGCAGUGGGAAGCAGCUCUGGAGGGCAUGAAGCAGCGAGACGAAUCCCUCAAAGAUGCAGCGGCGCGUUACGGCAUCGCUCAAGAAGAGGUUCGGCAGAAACUCGAGAAAUUAGGACGCCUCCGUUCCUUCACGGCUGAGCAGCAAUCAGCUAACGACGCGCUCCAGAGGGAAGUUCAUCAGUUAGAAAAAAAGCUUGAGAAGUUCCGCGGAGAAUUCGCUGCUGCUAAAACGCGUCUCGCCGCCGUCCACGAAGCUGGCGAGGCCCUCCGCGCGGAGCUCGCGGCUGCGCGGGCACAAGUCGCUCGCGACGGCGCCGAAGUGGAGCACUUGACUCUCUCGCUCGAAACGAAGCGACAGGCGCUCGCUGCCUUGACAGAGCGACGCGAGCAGGCGAAGCGCCAGCUGGACAAAGAACUUCUCCACUCGAAGGAGAAAGACGACGUCCUUCGCCAGACCGAGUCGUUCUGCAGACGCGUUGAAACGACGUACAACCACCUCGAAACACAAGUCAAAAAAAGCCAUGAAGAACUCUUUGAAGCUUGCCAACAGUUCGCGUCUCAAGCGACGAUCAAUCGAACGACGCAGGCUGAAAUCCAAAGUUCACAAGCCGCUCUGAGAAACCUUGGACUUCAACUUCAGAAGCUCGAUCAGGAGAGACAGCGACAGCAGGAGCUCCUCUACGCCGUCGAGUUCCAGUCUCAGUUGAUGCAGAGGAAGGUCGCGAGAGUCGCGGGGCUCCGCGGCGUUGCAGAGAAAAGAGAACUUCUCGCAAAAAUUUCGAAACUUGAGGAGAAAGUCUCAGAGAGCCCUGCAGAGCCGGGAAGCCGAGGCUGCAGCUCUGGACAGCACUGUGGCUGAUUUGCGAUUAGAAUGCGACUUCCUCAAGAGAGAAGUUCAGAGCACACAGAAGGAAAAAGCCAUCGUCAGCGUGGAACAAGACACGCUCAAACUGGACGUGAGUCGCCUGCGUCUCGAACGCUUUUUCGAUCUCUCCGGUUUGCCCUAAUUUGCAUCGAUUCGCUGUUGCCUUCCUCUCACGGGAUGUUGCGUCUGGCCUUCACUAGACUCUCCUGAACGUUGGAAUUUCUCCUUUUUCUCCUCCGUUUCCGAAAAUGCGCGCGUACCAGUGAAACACACCUCUUCCGAACUCUGUCCGGAGAUGCCGCGGAGGCGACAACGCCGCCGACGCGGAUUCUCGUUCGGAUAGCUUGAUGCGGCCGGAGGUUUGGGUCACGGGGAACUCGGUCGAAAUUGUGUUUCGCGCAUGCGAGUUCUUCUCCUUCUCCUUCCUGUCCUCUCCACGCAAGGAGACGCCUGGGCGCGUAAAGCGGUCACCCACAGGGCGCGAGUAAAUGGCUUUCUCUCUCGGUGCUCAGACAGCGCGACAGCUCGAGUCGUUUCUUUUUUUAGGCGAACCGACUGCGCGCCCAGUUGCGAGAACAGACCGAGGCAGUCACAGCAGCGGAGAAUGAAAAACUGCAGAGUCAGCAUACGAUCGAAGAAGAAAUUCUCAAGGCAGAACACCGCCUCGAGCUAGCCAAGGUCGCAGCUGUAGGUACACACCCGCGACGAGGGCGGAAACGCAUCGCGGCCGGGAGACAGACGAGAAAGAGACGAAACACAGAGGGAUGAAGACGAUAAAUGGAAGACGAUAAAUGGAGAUGCUGGCGGC